ACUAGCCGCAGGAGGCGGAGCGGGUGCAAUGGCGCUGGCCUCUUCUGGUGGAAGACAGCGUGGGCGGGGAGUCAGUAGCGACUCUGAGUCGUCUACGGACAUGGAAAAUCAGCGCAAGAAGCUGCGAGGUAAGGAACUCCUCACUGCCGGGCUGGCCACUGUAGCCACCAUCCACGCGGCGCACGGCGUCUACUCGUCCAUGGAGGCCUCUGAGAGCCGACGCAAGCUUGUCGGUGAGGGCGAAAUGUCGCCCGAGGAAGCCCGCAAGCGCAAGUCGAAGAACAUGCUCCAGGACGCAGCGGCCGUGGGCAUCGCCGCCCUCGGCAUCAAGUCUGCGUACAGCGAGUGGAAAGAGAUGAACGAGCAGCGCCACAGCGUAAAGGAACUCGAGGCCCGCCGUCGCAAGCGCAGAAAGGCCCGCGAGCGCAGCGAAAAGGAGGCCCGGCUCAAUGCCCUCAGCCCUCAGAAUGCUUACGCUAACCCCUAUGCCUAUCCUGUAGCCGCCAAUCCGGCGUACCCGUCCACCACGAGCUAUGUCGACGCCAACCCGUAUAGUGCUAUGCCCCCGCCGCCUAUGGGCGCGAGGUACUAGGUUGAGAGCACUUGAUGUUUCCUUUUUUUCGUUUGUGUUUACAGUG